CUAAUCGCAGGACCCAAAAAGCUAGCAAAGAAAAAUAUCUAUAUAAUUGCCUUACCGCGAAAAAAAAAGUUUAUCCAUUUAACCGUUGCUCCGCCAUGGCUACGAGCUUCUACUGCAGUUCUGCAAUUCACACUCAACACCAGGUGAACGUGUCAUUUGGAAGCAAAAACCCUCUUCAGAACGUGAAAAACCUAAUAAAAUCAUUUGGGAUUCCUUCAAAAUCAUGUUCUCCUCAUGUAUCUCUGCAACAGGGAAAUUGGGUCAAGCUCAUAUGUGGUGCUAGCUUCGAGGAUGUAGUUGAUAUCAGGAAUCUCUCCCUUGUUUACACUCUAGCUGGAGGUAAAGAUGCCAAGUUAAUUAUAGGUCGAAUAUCGCUAUUAGUCCCUGCACUUUGUGUAAGUCGUAUAUUUAGUCUUUUUGAUUGCAUUGAUUGUGCUGCUGAUCCAUCUGUAAUCAACGCUGUAAAUGAGGGAAUUGAAACAGCUAGGGAGAUUGUAUCUAUUAGAAGACCUUGGGUGAUGAUAAGUGUUAAUGAUGAUGAGGAUCUUCAUUUUCGUAAAGCUGAAUUUGAUCCAGAAGACUGUCCUUCCGAUUGCUCGAGGCCUUGUGAGAAUGUUUGUCCUGCAAAUGCUAUAUCAUUUGAGAGGGAAAAUUCAACAAUGGAAGUUCCCUUCGGUUCCUAUCAAAAGGCAAAACCAAAGAUGCAGGGCGGAGUGAUAACAGAACGCUGCUAUGGCUGCGGCCGUUGUUUUCCAGUUUGCCCUUAUGAUAAAAUCAGAGAGAUUACGUAUGUAAGAGAUGCUAUGGCUACAGCCGAACUCCUUAAAACGAAUGAUGUUGAUGCUGUAGAGAUACAUACAAGUGGAAGGCAGACUAAUCUCUUUAAGGAACUUUGGGACGAUUUGGCGAAUUCAGUUAAAUACCUGAGAUUAGUAGCAGUCAGCUUACCUGAUACCGGGGACGCAACUAUUUCCACAAUGAAUCAAAUGUACGCCAUCAUGGAACCUCAUCUAUCUUGCUUCAAUUUAUGGCAGUUGGAUGGUCGUCCAAUGAGCGGAGAUAUCGGACGAGGUGCCACGAGAGAAUCGAUUGCUUUUGCUGUUCGCGUUGCUGCUUCUAGUGAAAGACCUCCUGGCUUUCUUCAGCUGGCUGGUGGAACCAAUGUUCAUACGGUUGAUGGUCUGAAGAAAAGGGGACUUUUUCGAACACACAUCACAUGUGCAGAACCUAAUCAUCUACAAUCUUUAAUCGGUGGAAUUGCAUACGGUGGCUAUGCUCGAAAGAUUGUUGGAAGAGUGUUGAGCUCCAUGGGGUCUGAGAAUGGUGUUACAGGCAUUGAGUGUCAUGCUGAGCAUCUUUUGAAGGCACUCAAAGAAGCCCUUCACUUGGUUGGAUCUGUCAAGUCAUAUAAUCAUCCCGAUGGCAUGCAACGGUAACUCGCUAAGCUAUACGGACUCGGGUUUUGAAUAUCGAAUACGGGAUACUUCACAACCCGAAAUCCGACCCUCCUCUCGAGGUGGAUCUUCCCAUCGCUUCUUGCCACCUCGCGAGGUGGAGCAUAAGGGAGAUGCGUGAGCCGCGAGAUGGACUGCCUCAUCGCGUCUCACAUCCCAUCAACAUGAUGACCUGGCUAGGUGGAGCACAAGAGAGAUGUGUGAGUCGUGAGAUGGAUCACCUCAUUGUCUCUCACACCCCACCGACAUGGCGACCUCAUGAGGUGGAGCGCAAAGAACAUGCGGGCACUACUCGCUCCCUAUGACGAUACUUAGGUGCAAGUUCUAUCAAAGAGACACGUCCAAAGGUACGUAUCGAGCCUAAGAGGAGAACAUAUCAUAUGCAUGGCACUUUAUUAUCUUUUAACACAUCACAUCAAAGAAUCGUACCUUAUAAAUACGAAAAAAUUACUCCAAAAAGGGAGAAAAGACGAAAAUAACUUCAACUAUACUCAAUCAAUGU